GGCGGCCGCGCUCGGGCCGGAGAGCGGAGCGCGCCGCCCCGCACGGGACCCCAGCGGAGGAGACGCCGAUGGAGGCGCCCAGGGGCCCGGCCGCCCGGCUCCGGGGGCGGCCUCGGCCCCGGCCCGGGCGGGCUGGAGCGCUGCUGCUGCUGCUGCUGAGCUGGGGAGCUGCCCAGGAGCUGCGUCCCGGCGGGAGGAACGUGUGCGGAGCCACCGGCUUCUCUGGGUCUGUGUGCUGCCCAGGAUGGAGGCAACAAGGAGACGAGUGUUUGAUAGCCGUGUGCGAGGGGAAUUUCACCUGCAAGGAGAACGAGCUGUGCGUGAGACCCAGCGAGUGCCGCUGCCGCCAUGGAUACUUCGGGGCCAACUGUGACACCAAAUGUCCCCGCCAGUUCUGGGGUCCAGACUGCAAGGAAAUGUGCAGCUGCCACCCCAAUGGCCAGUGCGAGGACGUCACGGGCCAGUGCACGUGCAACCCCAAUCGCUGGGGGCCCAAGUGUGAGAACGCCUGUCUCUGCAAGCACGGCAAAUGUGACCAGAAGACAGGCAAGUGCACCUGUGAGCCCAACUGGUGGGGUCCCCAGUGCUCCAGCUCUUGCUACUGCAGCCUCAACUCCCAGUGCGACCAGCAGACGGGGACGUGCCUCUGCCAGCCCGGCUGGUGGGGUCGGGGCUGCAACAACCAGUGCGUCUGCAACAACUCGCCGUGUGAGCAGUUCACCGGGCGCUGCCAGUGCCGGGAGCGAAUGUUUGGCCCGCGCUGCGACCGCUACUGUCAGUGCUACAAGGGGAAAUGUAACCAGGUGGACGGUACCUGCACCUGUGAGCCGGGAUAUCGGGGCAAGUACUGCCGAGAGCCCUGCCCAGCGGGCUUCUACGGACAAGGCUGCAGAAGGCGGUGUGGGCAGUGCAAAGGGCUGCAGCCCUGCACCAUCGCGGACGGCCGCUGCCUGGCGUGUGAAGCUGGCUGGAACGGCACCAAGUGCGAUCAGGCCUGCUCAUCCGGCUUCUACGGAGACGGCUGCGAGAAAACCUGCCCCCUGUGCAAAGACGGCCACACCUGCAACCACAUCAACGGCAAGUGCUCGCACUGCAAUCCCGGCUGGAUUGGAGACAGGUGUGAAACCAAGUGUCGCAACGGGACAUACGGCGAGAAUUGCGCCUUUGUGUGCAGCGACUGCUUCAACGGGGAGUGUCACUUUGAGACGGGCAGAUGCCUCUGCCGGGCAGGCUCUCACGGCACCUACUGUAACCUGACAUGCCCAGCUGGUCAGUAUGGAGUCAACUGCGCCAAGGCCUGCAGCUGCCAUGAUGACACAUGUGACCCCCUGACUGGAGCCUGCCACAUGGAGGCCAAUCAGCGGAUGGGGGUGAUCGCAGCAGGGGCCCUGCUGGCUUUGCUGCUCAUCCUCCUCCUCUCGCUGCUCUGCUGCUGCUGUGUCUGUCGCAAGAAGGAGGAAGCUCAGGGUGGGAACCAGGACCCAGCAGCAAGCAAGAAAUCGCCAGGGCGCUUGUGUGGCCGGUUCAGUCGAAUUAGCAUGAAACUCCCCCGAAUUCCUCUGCAUCGCCAGAAACUGCCUAAAGUUGUCGUGGCUCACCAUGACCCGGAGAACACCAUGAACUGCAGUUUCAUUGAGCCACCAUCAGUAGUGGAGCAACCAUCUCCCUCCUGGUCCUCCCGGGGCUCCUUCUCCUCCUUUGACACCACCGACGAGGGACCGGUGUACUGUGUACCCCAUGAGGAGGGUGUGGGUGAAAGCAAAGAGCGAGGCCCUGCCUGCAGCCUGGUGGAGAAGCUGGCACCCCCAAUCAGCGCGGAGGAGGCUGGAGAGUACACCUUCUUGAAAGAGACGGGCUCCGUCAAGGCCUUCCAAGCAGACAGCAGCGAAACACCCCUGCUCAAAUCCUCUGACAGCGAAAGGUCGUCCUGUGGCUCCGGCUCCACCAGCGGAGCCCUCUAUGCCAAAAUCGCCCGCCUCUCCAAGCAGUCCAAGGAUGAAGAUGAAAAUACAGUGGACACCAAAAGCCCUGGAGUGAAUGGUAAAUCCCCCUCCCCGGAGAGAACCAAGCCCCCUCCCCCCGAUCCCGCCACAAAGCCUAAAGUGUCCUGGAUUCAUGGGAAAUACAACUCCAACCAGUCCAACUCGCUACCCGCUCCCAGCAUGUCGCCCGAGAGAGCGGCCAUGCAGCCUGAUUGCUCUGAGCACACUCAGGCCAAGAGAAAGAGAAGCCCGAGUGAGACCUCGGCUGGUCUCCACGGAAAAGCCGACGACAAGGGCAGUGCGAGGAGCAAAGAGAAAGCGCAGAAACAUCUGAAAGAGCUGAGCUUCCCAGAGGGCAAAGCUGCUUUCUCUGGGGAGCCCCAGUCACCAUCCAAGCCCAAGCAGAAGACCAAGGCCAGUUCGGAGCAGAUGGAGAACAUCAAUGGGGCCGUCCAAAAUGCUCUGAAAAAAAUGGGAACCUACCACCCAGACAGGAAAGGAGGGGAAGGCAAGGAAGCCCCCCGGAGCCCCAGUCACAGCAAGCCACGCUCCGAGGCCGUCCACCCCCAUUUGUCUUCGGAGGCAGCCACUUUACUGGCUGCUCAACUGAAGGAAAAGACUCAAAGCCUCAACAAGGGCGAUGGCAGCACCCGGCAAAAUGGGGUGAGCCCUUUGCAGCCCCAGAGGGAGAAGCCCACCCCUCCGCAGAAAGCCAAGCGCUCUGUGGCCACCAGCAGCAGCCAGAAAUCCAGCAAGCCUGCGCUGCCAACCUCCCCCAACCUGCAGAAACUGAUCAGCCCUGUAUCGGAGACCGCGGUCAAUGAGGCCAAAAGGGCAGAGAAGCAAAAUUCCAGCAGCAGCAGCAGCCAGGAGCACGCGCCCCUGAGCGACCAGACCAGCAAAAAAACACCCAUUAAAAAGCCCCCUAGGAAGAAGAGCAGAGAAGCCACCUUGGAGCAGCCCAAAGCAGCCAUAAUGCCCCCUCAGACAGUUCAGUAGAGGAGUCCCGUGGGCCCCAGGUGCUGGCCUGGUACUGCACCAGACAAGUGUUGGCAGGCAGAGGAAGCCUCUCUGCUCUCAGCAAGUCUGCAGGAAGGGUCAGUGGAAAUGGAGGUCUGAACUGGGAAGUGGGCUCUGGAGAAGCCCCCGAGCCAUCUCUGUCCCACACUGGGGCCUCGGACUCUUUGCCCAUCACAGACGCCCACCUCCAAGCUGCGCUGUGCCCUCUGCUAUGUAUCUUCUCCUCCCGGGGGCUGGAGCAGCUUGCGUCCCAUGUUUCUCUUGCAGGGAGAAGGACCGCAUGGAGCUCCCCAGAUGUGGAAGGGUUGGCCGGGUUGCAUUGGCCUGCCCUGAGUUCUGAGGGGGGAGCUGCAUGAGACUCUGAGCAGGGCCCCUUGUCCUUUUUGUAGCAGUAUUAUUGGUUGCAUAAGCAGCGCUUGUUUACUAGAAAUCCCCGUGUUGUAUUCUGCAGUAACGGAUUAGCUUGCUUCCUGUAUCCUAAUCCGGUCUGUCGCAUUCACAUUGGCGAAUGGCUGCCAGAGGCCAAGGCUCUUGCUCCGUGUAUUAGAGGGGCAGACAAGGCCAGUGCCAGUCUUCCCUUGUUGCUAGCCAUGUGCCCAAGGCCAAGGGCCCCUGUAUGGUCCAUCCUGAAGGUGGCUGUGGCAGAGAGGAGCCGGCUGCGGAGCCUGUGUGAUCCAGAGCAGUGGAGCACUGGGACCAGCGGUGCUCACUCUCUCGGGUUUAGUUUGUGUUUCUUCCUUGCCAUGUAGCUUUUUAUCUUCUGAAGAUGUAAACUCCCCCCGGGCAUCACCUUCCUCUGCAGGCACGCUGCUUCGGUCAGCGUGGGGUCGAGCUGGUUUCGACUGAUGCCCCCUCCGGUGUCUGAGGAUGUUGCUGCUGGUGGUGGCUUUGAAGAAAGUACUAUUUAUGGCCUGACGCCAUUCAGAGAGGCUGUCCCGGUUAAGGGGGUCCAUUCCACUGGAGUUGUGUGGCGUGAUUGGUACUACAGAAUUUGGCACAUCUGCAGAAAGCUUUCCUAAUAAAAGUGUAUUUCUUCUCUACCCUUGGUGCUCUCUCCUCCCGUGCCCUCUGCCGAUCACUGCCUGCUGCGUGGCUGCAUUAAGGCUCCCACCGGGCUCCUUUUGGUUUAUUUUAAUGCUUAGUGGUGUGAGACCCUGCCCCUGGACCCAGCCCUGCUCCCUCUGGAGGGGACGUGGAGUUCCUUGCAGAUUACAGGGAGGAGCCACGCGCCUUCAGAAGAGACCUUCAAAUCCAAACAUCUCAAUGACACAGACCAAGUCCCCGCCUGGCACCCCUGUGCAGGGCACACUGUAUGAAAUGGCUGCCCUCUCCCGCCCCCAAGGUGGCUGCUUUUCAGCAAGGCACAGUUAUGGGAAUGGCAUCAUAAGCUGUUAGCAUUAUCAUUCAUUGGCUCUGUCACCUCAGCCUCAGGGCCUCUGAGCUGGUCGGAUUGAACCUGAAGCUGCUUUUCUGCCCACUCAGCCCACGGCCUAGCCACUGAUAAGUCCUUUAUGUACAAAACAAGCACCAUAUUGAAAUGAGGAAGCAAAUAAAAGGGAAAUGGAGCUGGCCCUGUAUUGCCAGCCUAAAGCUUCCAAAGUCAUGAGCUGGACCCCAAAAAUUCAUGCGAGCCAGAAUUUCCAAAUGAGCUAAGCAGGUAGGUGCCCAAAUCUCUCUAGUGGUUACAGACAGUAUAGCCAUGUCUGACAAAGCCCCUCCUUGGGGCCCCAGCAGGGAUGGAAUCCUGGACCUCUGGAUGUGAUGUCAUAAAACUACCCUCUCACCUGAAAACUAACUAUACUGAACCCUAACUUACAACUAGAAACUGUCUACCUGCAAGAAAAAACAGGAGGCUGAGCAGUCUAGGUGGCCAUGCUUGGGUUCUGUCUCAGGCUGCGGUGGGAGCGAAGGAACUGAGGGUAUUUUGCCUGUGCACCCCUAGAAUAGCCUCGGUAUCUGCCGUGAGAAGGCAUAGGGCACCUGCGGGGGCCAAACAGGCACUGCUAGCUAGACUGCACCAAUGAAGGGCUCAAGAGGCACAGGCACACCUGAAGUGGAGCACCCAUAGAGACACUACUUGAAGAAGAACCAGCUGUUAGUGUGGAGACAGUCGCAAAAUCGGAAGCCUCUAUAUGCAGUAUAGCCACUAGAGGGUGACAUAGCCACACUGUUAGCAGGGGUUACAUAAGCACAUAAUUUGGCACAUUCCUUCUGAAAGACAGUGUGGCAAAGUAGAUGAGAUGUGGGUCUGUUAUAUUAGAGGCCUGUGUUUCAUUUUCAUCGCUACCGUUAGUGACAUUGGGCAAAGCACUCGUUUUUGUAGCUGGGAAAAUAGAUGAGCUAUUGUUAUCUCCCCUCAGACAGCAGUAUGAGGCCUUGGUUAAUAAGAAGCGGAGCAGAUAUAUUAUCAACGGGCAGUGGAAGAACCAGGGCUACCACGCAUGAUCUCCUGACUUGCAUCUCACCACAUCUGCCCCUAGGCAACCAGGCAUUCACUCAUGCUGUGUUUCCCCCAUAUUAUAGAUGGUAGGAGCUUUUCAUGAGAGCUCCUGCAGCAGGGGCCAGAAUCACAGCACUGCAAGAGUUAGCAACGCUGUGAAGCCCUCCUGAGGUGCAAUGGGAUGUCUGUAGCCCUUCUAUAAGAGCGGCAGGGAAGGGAAGCAGGUGAGCCACAAAGGUGUGAGCUGGGCUAGGUUGGGGGGCUUGCCAUAGCUUCUGGGGGCCUUUCACAAUGUCACCAAGGCAGAAGAGCCUGAACUAGCCCCCAAGACCCUUGGAUAACUGAGGAAGCAGUGGACACAAACUGUGCUCUCUGUCUUCAAGAGACUCCUAGGCUGGCUCCCUCGGCAGGCCCCUUUCAAACUGGUUUAAUUCACCCCUGGCAGCAGAGGACAGUGAGGCUGGCCAGACCUAAGGACCAGAUUGGUAAAGGUAUAACAUGCCUGAGGAUGCUUUUGGACACCUAAUGGGAUUUGCAGAAGUGCCUAAGCACCUAAUUCGCAUUGAUUUCCGCAGGAGCUAUGCGAGGCAGUAAUGGCCAUCUCACAGCCUAGCAACAGCUUUAGGAGCCUGAUUACCUUGAACCAUCCCGCCCUGACUGCUCGCUCCACAGAGAGGACUGCGGCGUU